UUCAGUUCGCAAAUAAUCCCUAUCUUGUUCUGAUUGAUCUUUCUUGCAUUUGGUACAAAUUCUCCACAGUUCUUUGGUAAGAAUUUAGAGACAACAAGAGUUUGAUGUAGCAUUCUAAUCUCUUACAGAGUUAAUAGCGAGUAUACAUUUAGGAUUAGAAGCUCUACGAUAGUCGUAAUGGGGUUCCUUUUUCUGGAGUCUUUGCCUGGUCCGAAGAUCUUCAAAUGCAAAUGCUGCAAGGUGGAUUCCGCGUCUCAUGAUGAUAUUGUCUCUAAGGAUUUUCAGGGACGUUUUGGAAGUGCUUACCUUUUCAAGACUGUGGUAAAUAUUUCUCUUGGGCCUAAUGAAGAACGGCGACUCUUGAGCGGAUUACAUACAGUGAAUGAUAUUUACUGUAGCUCCUGCCAACAAAUAUUGGGUUGGAGAUAUGAGAAGGCUUUUGAAGAGAGCCAAAAAUAUAAGGAAAGGAAAUACGUUCUUGAGAAAGAAAGGAUGUUGAAGGAGGGUUGGUAAUUCUUACAGAAAUUUUACUUGUUAGGAAUCUAACAGGAGUUGAAGUGGA